UUCAUCAUGUCCGGCAAGGCCAUCUUUGCCCUGUCCGCUUUGAGCGGCUUGGCUGCUGCUCUUCCUGGCUAUGAGGCCUACCAGCCAGUCCCCCCACCCACAUACGGCGGAGGAAAGUCCUCUGCUUCCGUCCCUGAAGUGAGCAGCGUCUCAAAGCCUGCCUACGGUGGUGACAAGUCUUCUUCCAUUCCCUCAGUGAGCAGUGCUACCAAGCCAAUUGGUUACGCGCCCUCCUCUGCUGUUCCCUCUGCGUCCAUCUCGCAGCCCACCGAGGGACUUGAGAGACCCACUGGUUACAAGCCCAACUUCCCUUCGGGCGUCGCUAAGCCGUCUGGAACGGGUAGCGGCCCCAUCUACGGCGGAGGAUCCAUGACCUACUCCCCUCCUACUGGAACUGACGUGCCCGUUAUCCCAUCCCACGGCGCUGGCGGUGCGGAUAACUGCGUUAGCUACACCACUGUCACCUCGACUUCCAUCUACACUUCUACUCAGAUCGUGACAGUUACUUCCACUGCCUCUGGCGCUGGAAGCACCGAUGUUGCCGGUUCAGACUCUCCUACCUACGGCGGUGGUAACACUCCUUCGACUACCCCAGAAGGCAGUGAAGACACCGAAGACGAGACUAUCGGUGGCGGAGAUGACGAGACCAUUGGCGGAGGAGACGAUGAGACCAUUGGCGGAGGCGAUGACGAGACCAUUGGCGGAGGCGAUGACGAAACCAUUGGCGGAGGUGACGACGAGACUAUUGGUGGAGGUGACGACGAGACUAUUGGUGGAGGUGAUGACGAGACUAUCGGCGGAGGUGAUGACGAGACUAUCGGCGGAGGUGAUGACGAGACUAUCGGCGGAGGUGAUGACGAGACUAUCGGCGGAGGUGAUGACGAGGAGUCACCAUCUGGAUCUACACCAAACACUCCAAGCGGGCCUGGCGGGGAUUAUGGAAACAACACUCCCAGCAACCCCCCUACCCCUGGCCAGAACGAAGAGGAAGACGAGGGCGAAACCCCUGGAUCAAGCACUCCUUCUUCCACUCCUUCAACUCCUGGAGGCAGCUACGAUCACGUCACUCCCCCAACUGGAGGACGUCCCCCUUACGGUUCUCACAAUGGCACCAUCGUGAAGCCCAGCGGUCACGGUGGAUACGGUCCCGGCCAUGUCAAGCCCUCUGGUAGUGUCCCAAGCGGAUACAGCUCCGUCCCUAGGCCCUCGGGCCCUCCCGUUUACAACGGUGGCUCUUCGGCAAUCUCUUCUGCCACUCGCCCUGGAUACGGUGCCCCCAGCUCUGCCGUUGUUCCCUCGAACUCUGCCCCUGUUUCUUCGGCCACAAAACCUGCUGAGAGCGGUCACUACGGUGGUGGUGCUCCCAAGCCCAGCUCAACUGGUGGGUACAACGCUCUUCCCGUGCCUUCAGGUCCUCCCGUUUACGGCGGUGAAUCUUCAGCGGUUUCAUCUGCCACUCGCCCUGGAUACGGUGGCCCUAGCUCUGCCGUCUCUUCUGCCACUCGCCCUGGAUACGGUGGCCCUAGCUCUGCCGUCUCUUCUGCCACUCGCCCUGGCUACGGUGCUCCCAGCUCUGCUGUUGUUCCCUCGAACUCUGCUCCUGUUCCUUCGUCGACAAAGCCUGCUGAGAGCGGUCACUACGGCGGUGGUCCCAAGCCUAGCUCAAGCGCUCCUGGUGUUCCCCAGCCCAGCUCAAGCGCUCCCGGUGGUUACAACACUGUGCCUGUUCCCACCUCAACAAAGCCCGCCCCCGGUGGUUAUGGCCAACCUAGCAGCGCUCCCGCUGGCGGCCAAUACGGCGGUUCCCCCGCUCAGUCCACGCAACCUGGCUACGGAUCUCCUGCGCAACCCACUCAGUCUGCUCAGCCCGGAAACAGCUACCAGCCUGGAAACAGCUACCAGCCUGGAAACAGCUACCAGCCUGCUACCCCUCCCAAGGGCUACCGCAUGCUCCGCGCUUAA